AUGAAGAUGAUGAAAAAGCAGAGGCUGAAGAGCGACGAAUGCUUUGGAUUGCUCGGCGCGAACGGGGCUGGAAAGACAACUACUUUCGAUAUACUCACAGGACAAUCAUUUGCAACCUCUGGAACCGCUCGCAUCGGCAAACAGGACGUGACGAAGCAGAUUUGUAUCGGUUAUUGUCCGCAAUUUGACGCACUUCUUUCGGAUUUGACUGGAAGGGAAUCUUUAGAGGUAUUCAUUUGGCAACGUCGGAAAAUAAGCGUUGGUCUGGCGAUGCUCGCUCCAACCCGAGUCAUCAUUUUGGAUGAACCUACCGCUGGAAUUGAUCCCAAAGCUCGUCGUGAGAUCUGGAAGGCCUUAUCAGUUAUACGUGACAGCUCUGAAACAGCUAUACUGCUGACAUCUCAUAGCAUGGACGAAUGUGAAGCGUUGUGUAGUCGGAUUGCGAUCCUGCACAGGGGCCGAAUGGUGGCGAUUGGGACGAGCCAGCAGUUGAAAUCGAGAUUCGGGAAUAGCUAUACAAUAUCGAUGGUCGCACCAGGAGUGGACACUCGUGAUGCUGUCAUUGACGCGGUGAAAGUCGCAUUCCCUAGAGCUGUUUUGAAAACACCUAAAGGAAGCCUAACUCUCAGUUUGAAGUGGGAGAUUCCAAAGUCCAAAUCGGAUCGGUGGUCGUCGCUAUUUCGCGACAUCCAAACUCUGGCCACUUCACUGGGAGUUGUUGAUUUUUGUGUGACGCAAUCCUCGCUCGAAGAGACCUUCCUGAGGCUUUCCCGGGACAGCGAAAUUGAUGACACCGAAAGCAGUUCAAGUCGAUGA